AUGUAUGCCCUCCGCUCGGCACAGGCUCUGCAUUUAACGCGGCAAGUCGUACAAUUGCCUCGUUCGCAAGUUCGACACUUCCACCCAACAAGACCAACCUCAUCCACCAUCCUCGACCUUGCACUAGACGGCUCUACUGCAUUUAUUCAUGGCGUCCACACUGUUUCAUGUUUACCAUGGGUUGCCUCAAUUCCUUUAACGGCCGUCCUUGUUCGUACAUUUGUUGGGUUGCCCAUCAUGUUAUACUCUCGACUCCAUCGCCAUCGCGAAAAAAAAAUAUCGCCGAUUCUAAGCGCUUGGGUAAAGAGAUAUUCAGAGAUACAUUCAAGUCAGCGCAGAGAUAUUACGGGUCUCAAGAAUGUAACACGUGCUGAAGCAAGGAAAAAUGCCAUGCUUGAUAUAAGAAAACGAACAGCUGAGCUUCACAAGCGUUGGGGAGUAUCCGGCAAGCACAAAGCAAUUAGCUUCCUGCAGAUACCUGUUUUCAUUGCGCUCAUGGAGAGUCUACGCGGGAUGAGCGGCAACAAUAAGGGAAUCAUUGCCUGGCUGUCAUCGCUCAUCGAGUCGUCGCAAGACCCUGCCUCCGCAGCCAACUCUCUGCAUUUAACCAUUGAGCCCACUCUUGCAAACGAGGGCGCUCUCUGGUUCCCGGAUUUGCUGGCCGGUGACCCAACAGGCGUGCUGCCAGUUUUCCUGACUGCGUCGAUCCUGGGGAACGUUCUAAUGGGAUGGAAAGUCCGACCUUGGAAGGAGAUCUCACUCCUUCCUAAGACCGAGAUGUACAAGCAGGUCUCUUUCACUGGUUUGCGGGCCUUUGUCAUAGUUUUAACAUGCUAUAUUGGCUUCGCAAGCUUUGUUCAAGAGAUGCCAGCUGCGCUUAUGCUCUACUGGAUUACCAGUACCAAUCUUGCUACGCUGCAAACAUGGAUACUGGACAAUAAGUUGUUUUCACCGGUGACAUUCAACCUUUUCAAAGAAAGAUCCAUCGCUUUCGAGAAGCCGGAGGUGCGAUCUAUCCACGCGCCGGCUCUCAAUGAAUUUCAGAGGUUCAUCAUGAUGGAGGCCACAUUCACACCGAAUUUUGACAGCAAGCUCAUUCAGAUCUGA